AGAGGGAUAAACAAGGAGCAUCGCCGGUAGCGGGGCCACCCUCCGCUGCGGGGACGAGGGCUGUCAUGCCGGCUUCCCCUCGGGGACUGGAUCCUGGGUCCCUUGUCCUGCAGCAUCCACGGACAGCGGGCAGCUCCAAAACGUGCCAUCGCAGGCAGACACAGCAGCAGACCUGGGGCAACUGCACCCAUGGGAGCCAGCCCACCCCAAGCCCCCUGCGCUGUGUCCCAGCUGAGCCCCCUGCCCGAGUGCUACCGGGGCCCUCGGCUCCUUGACUCUUCCUGUCUCCCCUCGUAGCCGGUCCGUGGCAGGAGGCGAUGAUGCCUGUGCCCAACAGCACGGCAGUGGUGUGGGUCGACGAGGCAGCACGGCCAGAGCCAGAGCGGUCACCCUGCAUGGUCGGCGUCUUCCCCAUCGUGUACUACAGCGUCCUGCUGGGUCUGGGGCUGCCAGUGAAUGUCCUGACCGCUGUGGCCCUGUCCCGCCUGGCCACAAGGACCAAGAAGUCAUCGUACUGGUACCUGCUGGCCCUGACCACCUCUGACAUCCUCACCCAGGUCUUCAUCAUCUUUGUGGGCUUCAUCCUGCAGACAGCCAUCCUGGCCCGGGCGGUGCCCAGCGCCUUCAUCCACACUGUCAACGUCCUGGAGUUCACCGCCAACCACGCCUCCAUCUGGGUCACCGUCCUGCUGACCGUGGACCGCUACGUGGCCCUCUGCCACCCGCUGCGGUACCGCGCCGUCUCCUACCCACAGCGCACCCGCAAGAUCAUCGCAGCCGUCUUCGCCGUGGCUCUGGCCACAGGCAUUCCCUUCUACUGGUGGCUGGACCUGUGGCGUGACGCCGACCCCCCCACCACCCUGGACAUGGUGCUCAAGUGGGUGCACUGCGUCACCAUCUACUUCUUGCCCUGCAGCAUCUUCCUGGCCACCAACUCCAUCAUCAUCUGCAAGCUGAAGCAGCGGAGGCGCUCAGGGGAUGGCCGACCCCACCUGAGCAAGACCACGGCCCUCCUCCUGGCUGUCACCACCGUCUUCAUCGUGCUCUGGGCUCCCCGGACCAUCGUCAUGAUCUGCCACCUCUACGUGGCCUCAGUCAAGAGGGACUGGCGCGUGCAUUUGGCCUUGGACAUCGCCAACAUGGUGGCCAUGCUCAACACCACCCUCAACUUCUUCCUCUACUGCUUCGUCAGCCAGACUUUCCGCCGCACGGUGGGCGAGGUGCUCCGGGCCCACCUCCGGCACAGCCCCCGGACUGGCAGUGGCCGCUUCCCGCCCCCGGCCCUGAAACCGCUGGAGCUGCUGGCCGGCACGGCCCUCUGAGCCGGGGCUGCUGCCAGCCAGAGCGGCACUCAGACGGGGGGCCCGGGGCUCACCCAGCCCCGUGCAUCACCCCAGGACCCGACAAGACCCUGCGCUGGGGACGCUGCCCCCGUGAUGCCUGCCCUCCGCAGAACUGGGGGGGUAACACGGGUGCUGGUGGUGGUGGCAAGAGGAGGUGUCUGUGCUGUCCUCGUCUGGGGCCAUCGUGCUGCCCUGCCUGGUGGCAGCACCCGCUGCACCCCAGGGACCCCUGACCCGCACCGGGAUGGGCAGCUCAGCCCUGCCCAUGCUCAGCCCCUUGGGACAAGCAGCGUUCAGCCCCCCAGGAAACUCCGCUGUGGGGCAGCAAGGACGUGCCCGAGCUCAGUGGCAGAAGCCACUGCCUGCUCCGUAUGUGCCCCCCCGGCCGGGCUCCUCUCCGGCCCCACGGCCGUGGGUCUCACGGGGCUCCCAUGGCCGGGGAGUGUGACCCUGCUCAUGGCUGCUCUCCUGCGUCAGCUCCAGCCCCUGCUGAACUGACGCACUGAAGGUCCCAGGGAACCCCGUGGGCUGCCCCUGCUGCGGGGGGACGGGCGCAGGUGAGCUCCUGCGGGGCCUGGCGAGGACUCGGUGCCUGCUGGGUGCCAGCGGGACAGUCCUUCCUCCAUAAACUGCCGUGCUGAGACCAAAACUCUGCCUGGGUCCAGCUCCCUGCCAGCAGCUGGGACGGGGCCACCCUGCACCAGCCCCCCCAGGCAUUGGGUGCCUCUGCCCGGCCCUGAGGGUUCAGCCCUGCCAGGGUGGGUGCUGGGGGGGAGCAUCCAGGGGGUCCAGUGUCCUCAGAUCCGUGUCCUGGGCACACGGUAAAACCCCAGCUCUGGGCUAUGCAGGACACAGCUUCCACCCGUUGUCCCCCUUGGGGACACCCGUGACAUCCCGGGAGAGCCACCCUGCAAGGGAGGGGGCCCGUGAUGCCCGCCUGCAUCGAGCGCACCCAGCACCAGUGCCGCCCUCCCGGUGACACCCAGUGCCAAGCUGGCGCGAUGCUGGGCGAGAAGCCGUGCCCUGCCAGCCUGCCUGUCCCCAGCUGCCACCAGAGGGCAGCGACGGGACGCCCUGCGGAGCCGGCACAGCCCGGGGACAGGGAGCUGCCACCCCCAGCCCCCGCACCAGCCCUGCCCGCCCCCUC